CUAGAUUGUGGAUCGAUUAGCUGGCAAAACCACGUGACGCGGAAGGUCCAUCGUUCAUCCGCUAGAUGGCGCUUCUCUAGUUGUCCGAACCUUAAAAAGUAAAAUAUGAAGAUUUCAGUUACGAUGUGGCGAGGGGAAAUUGAGAAGUCAAGCUUUCCCUGCUAAAUUGAAGUUUUUACCCACAAUGCAAUGACGUCGGCCACAAAUAUGAGAAUGAGAAUUUCUUCUCUACUCCUUUGUUUUGAAAUGUAUGACAACCUUCGGCUACAACAAACACAAAUAUCAAAUGUCUAAUUUACGCCGGCUAGGUAAUCGAUUUGCAAAUUUGGAAACUAAUGAAGAAAAUGACCAGAAAAGAAAAAUUCAUAGUUUGUUGGAAAAAGAGGCUGGUGGUACAGCUAAGCAUCACCAUUGUCAGAAAACAGGCAGUAAAAGUUUCGUUGCCAUGCUUUUCUUAGGUACUCUGUCGGGCAUAUUUCACUAUAAUCAUGUCUCAACAUUAUUUGAAAAUGACCGCUACUUUUCUCACCUGUCAAACUUGGAACGUGAAAUGUGUUUCCGCUCUGAAAUGGGUCUAUAUUAUUCUUUUUUUAAGAGGAUAGUCAAUUCUCCCUCGUACUUUGAAGGAAUUUCAGGCUUAACUCAUGAUAAUCUAACAGAGUAUCCAGGUUCUAUUAAUUCCCUAGGAAAAUUUAAUAUUUACCCUGAGGCCAUGAUUGGGGCCAUGUUCUCAAUGUACCAAAAAGGCCUUAAUGUCUUUGGAAUCUCUGGGAAAGAAUGCUUUCAAAUAAACAGGGGAAAAGGACUGCCUCCGGUGGAGAGCUGCGUAGGAUUAGAGGAUCCCAUAUUUUUCUAUUUGGAAGUGGUGUGGAUAUUUGCUGGUUUUACAGCUUUUCUGGUAUUUUGCUAUGGAUCACACUUAAGUGGUUCAGUCAUUGGGGGAUGUUUCACAAUAGUGUCAUUCUUUGCCAAUCACGCUGAGAGCACUCGAGUUCAGUGGACACCUCCAUUACGAGAAAGCUUUGCCUAUCCCGUGAUUGUUCUUCAUUGUAUGAUGGUCAGCAAUACUUUACAAGAAUUUGGGAAACAUUUCAUUAUCUUUAAAUGGUCUUGGAAGAGCUGGGUUGUAUCAUUUAGUUGUUGCAUCAGCCUUCUUUUUUGGCAAUUUACUCAAUUUAUUUUUGCCAGUGAGGUGGUAAUUGUUGUAGUUAUGUAUGCAACCGGGCUCAUCAACAAACUUUUAUAUCAAUCAAUUCUUCAAUGGGUAUCGGUUGGGUAUAUACUGGCAUUGGCAGGACUCAUGGGUAACCAGCUCCUAUUGUUCUCAUUUCUUACCACAAUCUUGGUUUCGGCCUGGAUCCUGCUUGCACAUGAUAGGAGUGUUACUCAACUGACUUUGUCUUGGGGUUCUUUUAGAAGAGUCUGUGGUGUAAUUUGUGUUGCAGUUUUGUUAAAGUAUGGUCUCUUUAGCACUGGUAGUGAUUCUCAUAUUGUGAAAAUAUUUCUGACUAAGAUAUUUGAGAAUAUGAAUGAUUUCCAUACUCUCAUGUACACCUGUGCUCCUGAGUUUCAAGGGUUGCCAUGGUCAUAUGUAGUUCAUUUAACUAAAUCUCUUCUCAUCCCAUUUCUUUCUGCAAUAUUUUUGAUUUUUUUUUGGUCUGAAAUUUAUCUACUUCAUCCAUCAGGCACUUCAUCUGAAAGCUCUCAGAAACUAACGCUCAUGGAAAGAUUCGACUAUAGUAUAAGACUUUUUCUCAAGCGACUUGAUCUGUCACUUGUCUUCAAUAUUUUACUUUUAGCUGUUUACUUUGUGCUGUCUAUGAUGGCAAUGCGCUUGAAACUUUUCCUCACCCCACACAUGUGUAUCUUAGUUUCUCUGAUUGCAUCAGACACGGUCCUUAAAACUAUCUCUAUUGUUAAAAAAAACCAAUGCAAUAAAAUUUCAUUCCUUCUGGUGAUGCUUGGAAUUUUAUGUGUGCUUGGAUGCACCAAUAUUAAAAAACAACAUGAUAUUCAAGGAGAGUACUCAAACUACCCUUUGGAGGAGCUUCUGACUUGGGUUGAAAAAAACACAAACAAAAAAGAUGUCUUUGCUGGACCUAUGCCAAUUAUGGCUAGCAUCCUUCUGUCAACAGGACACCCUAUAGUAAACCAUCCAUAUUAUGAGGAUGAAGAAAUGAGAGCCCGCACACUUGAAGUUUAUUCAGUUUUUAGCCGUAAACCCUCUUUGGUAGCUUAUGAGGCUAUCAAACAGCUUGGAGCCAACUUUAUUGUACUUGAGGCUAAUAAAUGCUUUGACAAUCGACAACGGAGAGGUUGCAGAAUGACAGACUUAUGGGACAUUCAAGACCCCAAAAGAGUGAAGAGACCGGCCCUGUGCCCUCAACUCUUUAGUGGUGAUGCAUCUCCCUUUGUCCGAGUUUUCAAGAAUUCAGAGUAUGUUGUUUUGCAAUUAAAUGUGGGAAAGAGAGAUGCGAGCAAAGAAUUACCUUGAUGUUAUACAAACUGUCUUAUCGUGAUGGAAUUAACCAAAGUAACUUAAAUACAGUAUUAUAGCAAUAAA